GCGCUUUUCCAGCAACACAUUUUCAACUGUCAAUUGUAUAAGAACUUGGUUACACUGCACCUGGAGUAGUGUGUGUCAACUUGGUUUGCUUCCCUCAGGAAAGUUAUUGUCAUAGAGGGAGUGCAAUGAAGAUUCACCAGACAUGUUCCAUGGAUGAAUCGAUUUGAUUAUCAGGAGAGAUUGGGCAAAUUGGGCCUGUAUUCUCUAGAAUUUUGAAGAAUGAGAACUGAACUCAUUGGAAUUGACAAUAUACCUGCAAUGAUACACAGGGCUGAUGCAGGUAAGAUGUUUCCAUGAUUGGGAAGUCGAGAACUAGGAGGCACAGUUUAACAAUAAAAGGGAUGCUAUUUAGCCUGAGAGAAAGACAAAUAUUUGAACCUUUGAAAUUCUGUACCAUAGAAGGCUGUAGAAGCUCAGUCUUUGAGAAUAUUUAAGGCAGUCAUUGACUGAAUUCUGAUUAGCAGUGGCACACAAGGUAAUGGGGAGGAGGUGGGUAAAAUGUUUUACUCCAAUUCAAAAAGGUAGAAGUGUUUGAUUUGCUGUUACCGUGUUGAAUGGCAGAGGUGGCUCGUCUUACUGAAUAGUCUACUCCUGUUCCUAUGAUCCUGUGAUAUUUAUUAACAUUCAGUGGCACAUUGGGGAGGACUAUAUAUAUUUUGGUCUGUUAGAAUCAAGAAGGACAGCUUAAAUUUUGAAAUGGAAGAACAACAACUUGCAUUUAUGUAGUGGUUUUUAUGACCAUUGCUGUCACCAAGUGCUAUACACCAACGAAUUAUUUUUUGAAAUGUGGUCACUAUUGUAUUGCAGGAAACACUGCUUCCAAUAUGCACACAGUGAACUCCCACAAACAGUGUGACCUUGAUGAGCUGAUGAUGCUUCUUGUGAUAUUAACUGAGGCAUAAAUACUGACCAGAACACUGAGGUUAACCCUCCUACUCUAUUUCAAAUUCCUGUCAUGGGAUCUUGUACUGGAAUAUGAGGUGAUAAACUUUGCAUGAAGGAACAAGAAAAAUGAGUACUUAAUGAAUGGUAAACAGUAUGUAACUCAGAGGAACAGCAGGGUCUUGGGUGCUUGUCCUCCAAUCCCACAGGCAGGACAGGUUAAUAGGGUGGUUAAAGAAGCAUACAAGAUAUCUGCCUAUAUCAGUUAUGGCAUAUAUUUUAAGAAUAGGGAGCUCAUGUUGGACCUGUACAUAACUAUGGUUAGACCACAGCUGGAGUACUGUGUGCAGUCUGGUCUCUGUACUGUAGGAAGGAUGUAAUUGUGCUGUAGGGGGUGCAGAGGAGACUCCCCAAGAUAUUGCCUGGGAUGGAGCUUUUCAUUAUGAUAAGAUAAGCUGGAUAAGCUUGAGUUGUUUCCUUUAGAGCAGAGAAGGUUGAGGAGGGACCUGAUAGAGUUGUUUAAGAUUAUGAGGGGCAUUAACAGAUGGAUAGAAAGCAGCUGUUCCCCUUUGCUGAAGGGUCAGUAACACGGGGGCAUAGUUUUAAAGUGAAAGAUAGGAGGUUUAAAGGGGAUUUGAAAUUCCUUUUCACCCAGAGGAUGGUCAGGUCUGGAAUCCACUGCCUCAGGGAGUUGUUGAAGCUGGAAAUUUCACAACCAUUAUAAAAAAAGUACUCGAGCAAUUGAAAUACCAUAACAUUCAAAGUUAUGGGCGUAGUAUGGGACAGUGGGACUAGUGUAGGUAGUCAAUUUUCUUUGUGAUAUAGACUUGAUGGACCAAAGACAUCUUCUGUAAUAUAUGAUUUUAUAAGGCUGAUGGGGCAUCUGUUUGUUGUCUCAUGCUAAAGGAAUCUCAGUCCAGCCCCCUCUAAAUAUCACACUGAAGAUUUUUUUAGACAAGCCUUAAACCCAGGAUGGUGUAACUCAGAGGUUGAGUGUUACCAAUUCAGCUACCACAGCAUCAGAAUUUAAGAAUAUAGAAAGAGGCACAUCGUCCCAUUGUAUCUGUUCUUCUCAUCAAAUUGUACUGUUGCAUAUGGUUAAAUAAAGGCACAUUUGUUGCCUACCAUGCAAGAUCUCUAGCGACUAUAAAAUAUUUAUUAUUGGUAUGCAAGCUGGGUAUUCUGCUCCCAUUUAGUAUGGAUAGGACAUUCAACAUCACCAAAUGAUUAAACAGAGCACAGAUGUACGACACAUAUUCCUGAGUAACAAAAUUCCUUCAUAGUCAUUCUGACUGCAAAAUACUCAGCUAGGAGUGAAUUUAAACUAUUCAGAUUUCCUCAACAUUAACUAAAUUCUUAACUCAUACAAGCAUAAUUUAUGUUGGGUCUAAAAAUAAGUUUUUAUCUUUUAAAAAUUAUUAGCUUCAAAGGACAAUUGGCCACUGGGCCAUCUGUGAAGUUUUUGUAUUCACCCCAUUGAAUUCUUGCUAAAUUAGGAUGUGGUCUUAAACUGUAUUCUUCAUAGUGGAUGUUAGAAUAGGCUACUGCAAAGUGGUUGCUGCUCCCGAAAAAUUUGCUGAGAGACUUUUUAAUUUGUUAAAAAUAAUGAGGGUCCAUAAUAACAGCAAAGGAGAUGGAGAAGAAGUACUGGAAGAGGUUAAAACUUUCACACUUGCUCUGUUAUAUAUCAGUAACUUUUAAUGAAAAGAUAUUCUAGUAGUGUUGGUUUUUCUUCUCAGAGUCUGUGUGAACCCAUUGUGAAAGACAGGAGUAUUGAGUUUGCCCAGAAAUGUAGUGAUCAGAUAAGCGAUAUUAAAUACAAAGAAGAAUAUGUAAAGUCAAAAGGAAAGUAUACUUUUGUGUCCAAUACACCCGAACAGCAGUGUUUGAAAAAUGCAUCUUUCCUUGUUUCUCAGAAACAAUAUAAGCAGAAAUAUGAUGCAGAGAAAGGAAAAUCACACUAUUCUAUCAUGAAAGAACCACCGAAUGAUAAAUAUGCAAUGGAAGUCAGUAAACAUCAAAGUGGUAUUGUACAAGAGAGAUGCUCAACAAAUGCACAGUUAUACACAAAUUGUCGACAGGCCAGACAUCAAAAAGUGACACAAACUGCCAAGCUGGUUAGCAAUAUUACAUAUAAAAACCAUGCUAAAGCAGCAGCAUCUAGAAAAACAUCUGUCUUAGGUAGACCAGAUAUUGAGCUUGCAAAGGAGGUUUCCAAAAUUACUAGCCAGCAUGAGUACAAGAAAGAGUUUGAAAAAAGCAAAGGAUAUUACCAUUUGGCAAUAGAUACUUCAGAACAGUUUCAUCAUAAGGAGAAUGCGAUACUCCAGAGUCAGAUCAAAUACAGAGAAGCAUAUGAAAAAACUAAAGGGAAGUCAAUGAUGGAAUUUACUGAGACUCCAAGUUAUGAAGUUGCAAAAUAGGCACAAUCCAUCUGAAGUGGGAAAGAGUACAAAAAAGAUUUUGAUGAGUGGAUCAAAGGCAGUGUGCCAGUGGACCUUGAUAUGACUCCAGGUUACUUGCAUGCUAAACAUGUCACCAGCCUCCUUAAUGAGUUAUCUUUUCAGAAAGAAUAUAGAAAAGGCUGGGAAGAAAACAUGAAAGGAAAAGGACUAACUUUAGUGGAAGACACACCUGACAUGACACGGAUUAAACAUGCAUCCCCGAUAUUAGAUGAGAAAGAAUACAGAAAAAUCAAAGGCAAAGGGAUGGAACUGAGUUCUGAUAUUCUUGACAUGAAAUGUGCGAAGAAAGCUUCUGAAAUUGUCAGUCAGGCAAUGUAUAAGCAAGUGUUGAACUUGGGACAAAACAAGUAUGCUACCAUUGCAGAUACAUCGGAGUUGGUGCAUGCUGCUUAUGUAAAAGAUAUUUACAGCCAGAAAAAAUACAAAGAUGAAGCAGAAAAGAUGCUAAGUAUGUGCACAGCUGUAGCUGAUUCUCCAGAAAUACAGAGAGUUAAGAAAAACUAACAAAAUCUUAGUGUAGUUCAUGACCUGAAGGAAAUGAAAGGCAGACCAGUUCAGCUUUCACAGACUCCAGAAAUGAGAUGUGUCCGUGAAUCACAGAAUGAUAUCUCCCUGGUAUAGUGGAGCAAGCGCUCUAACAGCUUGUGUUUUACAGCUGGGAAUGAGCUUUGACAAACUAAUCAACACCAUGUACUAAAACUACAUUGGCACAUGAACACAUAUGAAAUGAGUUGCUCUUUCUUUUUAACCCUUCUUAAUGGAUAUUAUAUUGAAAAAAAGUGUCUGAAUAAAAAAAGAAAUGAAAACCUAGCUUCUUGUGUCUUCAUGUAACACAAACACCUCAGAUAAUAUUCACAUAACUGAUCCACUGAACACAGUUUGAGUGAUUUCAUGCAUGAAGCAAUUUGAUGGCAGUAUGUGUGGGUAGGGAACUGUGUGUGGCUGUGUAAUAGAAUGUGUGAUUGCAUGAUUGAUUUUGAGUUGGUAGUAAAAAUUAAAAUACAUUGAAUGCUUUUGUGAAGUGACCUUGAUGAGAACUGCUAAUUUUUUUUGUUUAAAAAACAAAAAACCCAAGAAACUCUAAUAUGUUUUG